AUGCAUUCGUCGAGCCUUUUCUCGUUCGGCGCGGCUCGUUAUCCAAUCAUCACCUGCCGCGUGUGCUCAGGUUGCGCACAGGAGUUCAAUCUCCACCGUCCGACUAUCGUCGACGAAGCUUCAGGCUUCUUCAAACGUUACGGUGUCGAAGAUUUUACUUUCGAUAGUUGUAGACUGUGGGGAUGGAGAUGCCGAGCAAAAUUGGCCGUUCGUGGCUCCUCGGAUAAUGCAUUGAUUGGUUUGUAUCAAGAAGGAACUCACACCGUUGUAGAUAUUCCUGAAUGUAAAGCUCAUCAUCCUAAUAUUAAUGCUGCCAUUGAGUUACUGAGAGAAGGUAUUAAAGUGUUCGAUGUCGAGCCAUUUGAUGAGGAUCAGGGUACUGGGGACUUACGAUAUGUUCAGAUGGCUGUUACGACAAACAGUACAUCACUUCGUGCCCCAGAGAGAUACAAGAAUGGAAAAGUGCAGGUGUCCUUGGUUUGGAACUCAAGAAAUGAAAAAUCUCAUAACGCAGAUAAGCUGCAAGCGUUGUCAAGUUACUUGUGGAGAAAGGGUGGACCCAAUAGCAAGUUUCAUCUGAUUCAUUCUGUCUGGGCUAACUUUCAGACAUCAACCAACAAUAUCAUUUUUGGAAACAGAUGGAGGCAUCUUUUAGGUGAGAGAGAUUUCUGGGAACACGUUGGAGGAAUCGACAUAUCCUUGGAUCCUUCCAGUUUUGGCCAGGCAAAUACACGGGCUUUUGAUAGCUUGCUCUGGAAACUGCAUAAGUAUGUUCCUGGUGGAUCAUCUGUUGCUGAUCUAUAUGCAGGAGCUGGAGUGAUUGGAUUAUCGUUAGCUACAUCGAGGAAAUGCAGUUCUGUCAAAUGCAUUGAGGUUAACAAAGAAGCAAGACUGUCUUUUGAGAAAACAAUCCAGCGGUUGCCGAACUCAUUGAAUUGCAGCAUCAGUUGGCACCAUGCAGAUGCUUCAGUUAACCCUCUUUCGUGGAUUAUAGGAACAGAUGUAGUCGUUGUGGAUCCUCCUAGGAGAGGUCUGGAUGCUUCUCUCCGUCAGAUUUUGGAGUCUGUCCCCACCAUUGAGAAAAGAAUGAGGUCUUCAUCACAGAGUUCAAGCCCCAGCGCAAAAGAGGAGAAGAGGCCAUGGAUUUUAAGAGCAAGGGAACUUUCAGUUCAAGCUGGCAACAAGCAGACCUCUGAGGAGAAUAAGACACUACCGCAAAAACUCAUCUAUAUAAGCUGUGGUUGGGAAAGCUUUAAGGAGGACUGCAAGUCGUUAUUAUCUAGCAGAGCGUGGGAGCUGGAAAAAGCCCAUGGCUUCAACUUCUUUCCCGGAACUGACAGCAUUGAAGUUUUGGCCAUAUUCAAGAGAAGGGUUGUGAUGAAGAAAAAGAAGAAAUCGGGAAUAAAGAAAGUGCGUGCUAAGUAG